AUGGCCGCAAACACUGAAACAAAACAAUGCUUGAUUAAAAACUGUGGAAAUGAGAAGGAAGGCAAUGAAGCCUACACGUUUACGUUUGCGAUAGCCAUGAUAUUUGGUUCUAUCGACAUCAUUUGGACAGGCAGAACGCGCUGGCGAAGCACGAUGACAGGUAAAACGCAUAUUACAAGGCUACACAAUUUCAUAGAAAUUUUAAAAUCAAUAAACAUUAAUGGCGACAAUCAACAGCACUUAGGAGCUGUAAGUGCGGAUUGCUUUCGACAAUUCUUUGUACGGUCUGAAGCAGCAUGGGAUAUGCUGAAGACAGCUCUUGUAAGUAGCUAA